AUGGCUUCCAUCGCCGCAUCUCUGGCCGCGGCCCUCCCGAAACCCAAGUACACCGGCGAAGAUGAAGAGGUUCCAGCACGCGCUCAGCAACGCGGCCCGCGUAUCAUAGGCGCCGGUCAGCUCGACGAGACCCAGAUUGUGCUGAAGAGAUCCGGUCCUCCACCGUACGGACAACGCGCAGGAUGGCGCCCUCGAGGCCCCGAAGACUUUGGCGAUGGUGGCGCGUUCCCCGAGAUUCCGGUUGCACAGUACCCGCAAGAUAUGGGAAAGAAGGGAGCGUCAGCAAGUAACGCGCUCGCGAUUCAGGUCGACGCCGAGGGAAAGCUCGACUACGGCGCCAUCGCGCGUCAGGGCCACAGCGAGGACAGAAUUGUGCACACCUCAUUUAAGGACCUUAUUCCCCUCCGCCAACGCGCCGACGCGGGCGAAAUCGAUCUCAGCCGACCGAGCGAAGAAGAAGUUGCUGCGACUGCGGAAAAAACCAAGAAUGCACUGGCAGCGUUGGUCAGCGGCGCGGUGGCGGCGCAGAAGCCCAAGAACGUUAAUGUUGGAAAUUGCAAGGACCCGACGUUCGUGCGAUACACGCCGGCAAAUCAGAUGGGCGACAACUCCAAGAAGCAAGAUCGCAUCAUGAAGAUCGUGGAGAGGCAGCGGGACCCGAUGGAGCCUCCGAAGUUCAAGCACAAGAAGAUCCCCCGCGGACCACCGAGCCCUCCUCCUCCAGUCCUGAGAUCACCGCCACGAAAGCUGACGGCCAAGGACCAGGAGGACUGGCGUAUACCCCCGCCAGUGUCGAACUGGAAGAACCCCAAGGGUUUCACAGUGCCCCUGGACAAGAGAUUGGCAGCCGACGGCCGAGGUCUCCAGGAUGUGGCAAUCAACGACAAGUUUGCGCAGUUCUCUGAAGCGCUGUACGUUGCCGACAGACACGCUCGCGAAGAAGUCAGACAGCGCGCGGCCAUGCAGCAGAGACUUGCGGAGAAGGAGAAGGCGCAAAAGGAGGAGAACCUGAGGAUGCUGGCGCAGAAGGCUCGCGAAGAGCGCGCUGGUGCCGGUCGACGCGACUCAAGGUCAAGGUCACGGUCGCGCAGCUACAGCGGCUCUGACUCGGAAGACUCUGACGGCUCAGAGGAUUCUGAAGUGCGGGAGAGAGAGAGGGCCAGAAAGGAAAGGAUGCGCGAGGAGGAAAGGAAGCUACGUCAGUCACGGAUGGGAGCCGAGAGGAGGGUCCAAGUCAUGGCCAGGGAGCAAAACCGGGACAUCUCUGAAAAGAUUGCGCUCGGCCUUGCGAAACCCACUCAGUCCAAGGAGACGAUGUACGAUUCAAGACUCUUCAACCAGACCAGCGGCUUUGACAGCGGCUUCAACGAGGACAACCCUUACGACAAGCCGCUGUUUGCGGCACAAGAAGUCAUCAACAAUAUCUACCGCCCUCGGGCCAACAUGGACGACGAAGAGGAUGAGGCUGCGGGCGACAAGGAGAUGGCCAAGAUUCAAAAGUCCAGCCGCUUCGGCGAGGCCCUCGGCAGGGGAACAUUCAAGGGCACAGAAGAUGUCGAGGAAAGGGAGGGACCAGUACAGUUCGAAAAGGACGCGGGAGACCCCUUCAACGUUGACAAGUUUUUGUCCGAGGUGGAGCAGAGUUCAUCGUCCAAGAGAGGAUACGGACUCAAUGACGAAGAAUCCCGGCAGUCAAAGCGGGCCCGAGUAGAAGAAGACGAGGAUUAA